ACAAAGUGUAAACACCUACACUCACAUACUCUCUCACACAUACACAAUCUCUCUUUCUCACGCACACACAUACUUGGUGAGGACACAUGUCUAGGACAAAGGAGGGGGGAAACGACUGUGUCAGAUGCUCAGUGAGCCUGGAGGGAUAGUGGGCCGUCCCUCACGCUGCCUGUACCAAAUGUCUCAAAUGUACCUCUACCAUAUUUGAGUUCUUUACACUUACCCAAAGGAUAUCAAGAGGAACGGUCCACAAUGGCGAAGGUGUCCUUUCUUCUGCUGACGGUCUCCAUGACGGUUGCAUUAGCACUGGCACAUGACAAUGGCAACUAUACACUGAACAAGCGGGAAAAGAGGGAGCUGCUGCUGCGUUCCAAAAGAAGGUGGGUCCUAUCCACAAUUGAGCUAGUGGAGGAGGACCCUGGACCUUUCCCUAAAUUCGCCACACAGAUGUUCAACGAUAAAGCGGCUCUUUUCAAAAGUCAUCAGUUCCGUUUAUCUGGAACUGGAGUGACCGAGGAACCGGUGGACGUGUUCUCCAUCGACGACGAGGAUGGUGUGGUGUACGUACACAAGCCUAUCGACAGGGAGAGAUACCCCUUCUUUCAUAUUAUGUUUGACAUCAUUGACAAGGAGACUGGUGCGCUUGUGGACAAGACUCUGACGUUCGACGUGGCGAUUACGGACAUCAAUGACAACGCCCCUUACUUUGAGCACCCUGUCAUGAAAGCCAGUGUAAAAGAGAACAUGCCAGAAGGGUAUCUGCCAGUGCCUCUGACAGCCAGGGACAUGGAUCAGGUGAACACACAGAACUCCAACAUCAGUGUAAGGGUGUUGUCUCAGGAGCCAUCCGAGCCCAAGAUCAACCUGAAGCAGGUGGAGGGCACCAAGAUGAGCCAGCUCACCUUCACCGGCUGCUUUGACUAUGACAAAGUAAAGAUGUAUAAAGUGGUUGUUGAAGCUCGGGAUCAUGGGAUACCAGCCCUGUCCUCAACUGCAGUGGUCAACCUCCACAUAAUGGACUCCAACACUCACCAGCCAGUGUUCAAAGACAAGACCUACAAUACUCACAUGAUGGAGAUGGAAUCCAAUAAAGAGAUACUCCGAGUGGCUGUGACUGAUGCAGACACCCCCAACACCCCCGCAUGGCGAGCCGUUUACUCCAUUGUGAAGGGGAACGAGGAAGGAAACUAUAAGAUCGAGACCGACCCCAAGACCAACGAGGGUAUACUGACUGUCAUCAAGGGGAAGGAUUUUGAGAAGACAACGUUGACCAAUGUGCAGAUCGCCGUGGAGAACGAGGAGCCUUUGUUUGUGUGUAGGUCCGGCGGGGCCGUGUCCCCUGGUAAGACCCUGACCGUGCCCCCCCAGACAGUCAACGUGACUGUGAAGGUGAUUGACGUGAACGACCCCCCGGUGUUUGACAAAAAAGUGACAAACGUGUAUGGAAAGGAAGAGCAGGAGGUGGGAAAGGUGCUGUACAAACCCAAAGUCACCGACGUUGACUCAGAUGUGGAAAAAAUCAGGUAUGAGUUAGUUGAGGACCCAGCAGGCUGGUUCACCAUAGACCCCAAGACAGGAGAGGUUACUACAGUGAAGAAGAUGGACCGGGAGUCACCUUACGUCAACAAAGACAACAUCUACACUAUUCUAAUCCAAGCCAUAGACAACGGGGAGCCCCCUGCCACGGCUACAGGCACCAUUCUGGUCCACCUGGGGGAUAUCAAUGAUAACCCGCCCUAUGUGGUGGAGAAGAAGCUGGUGAUGUGUGGUAACAAGGUGAUUGUGCCGGUAUCAGACAAGGACAACCAUCCCUUUGGAUGUCCCUGUUUCCUCUCCCUGGGAGUGGACAACGGAGACAAAGCAUUGAAGAGCCGCUGGAAACUGGACCCUGCCACUGGUGUGGAGGCGGGUCUGGUCAGUCUCAAGAGUCUGCCGUACGGUAACUACACAGUACCUCUGGUGAUCCAGGACCAGCAAGGGAUGGUUGUAAAUGACACUGUCGAGGUUAUGGUGUGUGACUGUGGGGGAGGGGACAAGUGUAGGGCAUCUCUACCCCGGACCUCCAGCCUGGGCUUGGCCGCUAUAGGACUACUGCUGGCUGGACUGCUUCUCCUCUUACUGCUGCUGCUUUUCCUCCUGCUGUGUGAGUGUGGCGGUAAGACGUUCACUCACCUCCCCCUCAAUCUGCAAGACGAGGGAAACCAGACUCUUAUCAACUACAACGAGGAGGGAGGGGGCUCCGCAUGCAAGGGUGAGCCCAUGUUGAUCUUGGCUCGCACCACUUCCAAUCAUGUAGCCGUGGACGUGGUAGAUGGAAUGAAGCAGGCCACCACAGGCAUAAAGCUUACUCAGGAGACCAAUGAGAUGACCCAAGAGACCAAUGAGACAUACAGAACCACAGGGAAGACCGUGGUCACCAAGCUAUCCUCCUCAGGAGGGGGAGGGAUCUCAGAAUGGGGAACAUUCCAGAGAAUGAGCGAAGCCAACGGAACUCUGAGAAGCCAGGAUGGGCAAGGCAAGUACCAGGCGUGGACUGCAAGCAGGAACAAUACCAUGAGGAGAAACUCGUCGAAGUAUUCACGCUCCUUUGGCCUGCUGUCGGACCAGCACAUUUCAGAGCACAUAGACCGGAGGAUGUAUAUGAUUGGAGAUGAGGUGGACUACCAACCCUACGAGUACAGAUAUGAGGGGAGAGGCAGCAAGUGCCAGUCGCUGGAUGAGCUAUCGCUAAGUAACCUGGGGGAUGACUUGAAGUUCCUAGGGGACCUGGGGUCAAAGUUCAACACCCUGGGGGGCAUCUGUCGCCAGGACAUGUAGGAAAGGAACAUUAGGGUGUAGACACACACACCUGGCUGGACUGGGAAAUGGUGCUUAUUAGACACGUCUGUCAUUGUCCCCUGUUUGAGGUGAAUGGGGGGGGGGAUGACCUAUCAGUUGAAGAAGACACAGCUAUACCAAACUUCCUCCAUUGUGAUUUUGGAUCAAGCUUUGCAUUAUCGACAUCAGUGGGGCAUUUUCUUACAGACCGAAACUGUUGUGGAUUGGCUUUUACCCAGAAGAAGGACUGGGAGAGACUGCUGAUAUUUUUGUCUGACACAAUGAAUGAUGAACUUACUGUACUGAAUAAACCGUAUCAUGCUCGGAUGGCAUUAUGGACUUCGGUUUUGACAGGGCUGGGGUGUGUUUGUAUGGCGUUUUGUUAUGUUUUUUUAUCAUCGCCACGGUUCAUAGUAUUUUCAACAGAAUUGUGUAAUCUCUUGAUCUACUGGUUAUGCCGGAAUGAGAUUUACUUCAAUGCUAUGACUUCGAUAGAAAUUUCAAAAUGUCAACACCACUUCUGUGGAAACAUGAGCAUUGUGUGAAUCAUACUUUUUAUGGCCUUUUUUCAAGUUACUUAAAAUAUUUAUAAAAAAAAUAACCUGGAAUUAAUGUGCACAUUUGCCAUUAUGACAACCUUAACCUCCUUGCCAUCCAAGUGAGAGGAUAAACCCACCACAGAGUAGAUGUAAUAUCUACAUAAAUACAAUGUAAUUACUAGGUGUUACACAUGAUUUAGCUAGUUAAAAUGAAGUGUAUCUUGAGGGGUACUUACUUGUACUUAAUGUGUACUUAUAUAGUACGUUACCCAUCCUGACAACCUGGCCCUCAAUUUAAAGCUUCCGGAAGCCCCACCUAAGUGAGAAAAUAAACACAUUAGUAUAUCACAGAGUACAUGUAAUGUCUGCAUAAGUACAAUGAAUUAAUAGGUGUUACACAGGAUUUAGCUAGUUUAAGUUAAGUGUAUUUCAAUGUAAUUAUCACACCCUGGCCAUAGAGAGGCUUUUUAUUCUCUAUUUUGGUUAGGUCAGGGUGUGACUAGGGUGGGCGUUCUAUGUUAUUUUUUCUAUGUUUUUGUUCUAUGUUUUCGUAUUUCUGGUUUUGGCCUGGUAUGGUUCCCAAUCAGAGGCAGCUGUCAAUCGUUGUCUCUGAUUGAGAACCAUAUUUAGGCAGCCUGUUUUCCCACUAUGGGUUGUGGGUAGUUAUUUUCUGUUUAGUGUGGGUUGCACCUGACGGAGCUGUUUCGGUUGUGCCUUUUGUUACUUUGUAUUUAGUGUUC